CUGAUUACAGGGAGCACGUCCGGGAUGACCUCCCCUCUGCCUGGCCCAGGACAGAGCCACAGGCGGCAUCGGAGGAGCCCUGGAGCACAGGCAGCUGAGCUGUGCCGGGUAUGGCAGGAGCUGUGUGUGCGGGAACGCCAGGCGCGGGACCGGAACCGCCAACUGCUGCAGGACUUUGGUCACCUGGAGACCCAGCUGGGGCUGCUCUGGGCCAGGACAGAUGCUGUCAGGAGGAGGAAGGUGGACUAUGACAAAUUUCUGCAGCGGCUGCUUCUUCACCCAAGGAUGGAGGCAGGGAGCCCUGGCCAGGUCCCUCAGCACCAGGACUGGGUCUCCGCCUGGACGUUGGACCUGCCUCUGCGCUCACACUCUGGGAGAUACCUCCCUGACCCCACACAGUGGAUGAACCAUCUGCAGUAUCGGACCUGGGGGCCUCAUCCCGUCUCCCCCACACAGUCCCCAGAGCCUGCUGCCUUCCUUGCAUCCACAGGGGCAGGUGGGGCUGGGCCCAUGGAGGCAGCCAGGCCCACAGGGGGCCCCCUUGGUACACCCUGGCUCCACAGAGGGCACAUCGCCAAGGACCAUGGCUACAGGAUGCCAGCUGCUAUGCCCCCUCAGGAGUCAUCCCUGCUUCUCCCCCCACAUCGUCUCCGCUUUCCCAACACAGCUGAAUCAAAGGGGACUCGCCCCCAGCCCACGCAGACCAGGGCACGUGCAGGAGCUGGGACACGCACUGAGGACGCCGCCAGCUCUGGGGUGAGGCACCGACACCGGGCAGCUAACAGGGCCUCCAGGAGGCUGUUGUGGAGAGGAGCCUGGGAGCAGGACAGCACGGAGACAGAUUGUGAGGAGUCCUGGGACAGGGUCCCAAGACUGUGGUGCAAGAAGAAGCCAGGAGGAGACACCACAGCCCUGGAUCAGUGGGGGAGCAGGAGCUGGCGCCAGGAGCCAUGGGGGGAGCAGGCAGGGGAUGACAGGCCAGAAGAGUCUCCGGGGAAGCCAAGGCAGAGGCUGAGUGUCAGAGUGAGACAGCCUGGGGGGAACAGGGAUUGUGGAGAAGGGGCACAGCUGAAGAGAGAGGGAGGGCAGGUUCCCAUCCCGGGGGCAUCAGCAAAUGGGGGGGAGGAUGAGGAAGGCCUGGUGGAGAGGAGGGGCCAGGAAGAGGAAGGUCUGGCAGGGAGUCAGGGGAACAAGGAGGAGGACAGCAAGGAGGAGGAAGACCUGGUGUGGGGGCAGAAGGGCCAAGAGGAUGGUGAGGAUGAGGAGAUGGAGGGUGAGGAAAGCCUAGCAGGUGGGCAGGGGAGUGAGGAGGAGGAGGGCAGCAAGGAGGAGGAAGGCCUGUCGAAGGGGCUGGGGGGCCAGGAUGGGGCCAAGGAGGAGGAGGAGGAAGCGAGGAGGAAGAAGUCCUGCUGA